AUGCAGCAGGACUCGCGGCAGUGGUUAACGAAAAAUGGCGAAUCAUUUCAAGCAAUAAUCGGCAAUCAAGCAACACUGGCAACAACGAUGGAAGAGUGGCGCAGCGAGCUGGGCUAUCACCAGCAGAGCACCUGGCGACACCUUGACCGCCUUCAUGAGGAAGUGAUUGAGCUGGAAAGCCCAUUUGCCUCCUCGUUCUCCUCGGGCACGUUGGUGUUUACGUUCAUGUUGACUGGGGAUCAGAACGCGGGCAAGUCGACGUUUCUGCAUGCAUUCACGGACGAGGAGAGCCCCAAGCACUUGCAGCUGCUCUCCAUCCUCCCCAUCCUCUCCAGCUCCUUUGUGAACUCCCGCUUCCUCGCCCCCGACGAUCCAACACCACCCCGGGAUGAAGGACGCUUCUUGGAUACGGAUUUGGGCCACGCCAACAUUGUGCUGACGGCCGAUGACUUUGCGUUUUUCGUCACGGAGUACGAGCUGGACCCCAAAUUGGUGACGGAGGCGCCCCAGGACACCAUUUACUUUGCCCUGAAGUUCAUUGAGUUUGGCGGGGACCACCUUGAUCGGCUCAUGACGCCAAACAGCGCCGGCCACCCCGCCAUCGAGACCAUCGUCGCAAAGUCCAGGCAGACCCUCAAGACGUGCCAGCAGAUUGUGUACUUUGUCAACGGCCAGCACCUGCUGGAUGAUUCGUCCGUGCUCCAUCGCUUGGCAGCGCGCAUCGAUUACCUCAACACAGAGCUGCCACCAGGCACACGCGUCCUGGUGCUGGUGACGCGGUGCGAGCUGCUGCGGGAGCGGCCGGAUGCCGUCUCCAUUCUCAAGGCUGCUUUUGCCACUGUCAUUCAUAGUCGUGGUCGUGAUGAAGACGACGAUGACGAGGCAGGCAUCACCCUUGAUGGAUCAAGUGCUGAAGCGGUGAUGAACGAUGGGCUGCACCAGCUCGCACAACGCAGACACUGGAGCUUGCGCCUCCAACGCGUCUUCCUUACGAACCACCUUGAUGCGGAGGGGACUGCGGAUCCAGAGGCCAUCAUCCUCUCGCUGAGCCGCUUCUUCAAGCACGAAAUGAUACAGUCACGCACGGCGCCGCUCGCUGCCGUUGCUCGCCACCUCAUCGACUGCUUCAAGGACACGCAGGGCCGCAUUGACGACGAGCUCGGCACCAUCUCCCUCUGGAUCUCCAGGUCCAUCUUCAGGGACUACCUUGACGAAGCGGAGACGAUCAUCCCCACCGUCACCUGCCUCUCCCUCUACGAUCGCGUGGCAAAUCUGCUCUGCGCGCGCCACCUUGCCCUCCACCACAGCCACGACUCGUUUGCCCGCGUGCACAUUGUGUUCCAAACCCCCACCACGCGACUCGUGCGGUCCUUUCUCGUCCCAAAGACCACGGCUUCAAGCACAACACACGCGACCACAGGCACAGACACGGACACAACCGCAGCCACAGGCACAGACACGGACACCAGCGGCACCGGCAGCAGCGGCAGCAGUAGCACAGACGCAAACUCAAGCGUCAGAACAACGACCGCCGUGGCCACCUCUUCCUCAACAACCCCUGGCCCAUCAACGGGCACCGGAACAGAUGCAGGGCACGCGCUGAUUCGGUUUCCGUACCACGAGGAGCUGCUGGAAAGCUGCCUGCAGUACCUGCACCGGCAGAUUCCAGACCGGCUCUGGAUUGGCGACGACGCAGAGGACGGCAGCGGUGAUGGCCAAGGUGAAGAGCACAGUGGCGACGCUGGCCCCAGCGGCAACAGCAUGAGCGUGGAUGCAUCAUCUAACGACACUACAUCUGGUUCAACCACCACAACCGUGCCCACAACGUCACAACCACCGCAGUCAUCGCGAUCAUUGCAAUCACAACCCGAGCCCUCGUCUUCCCCGCCGCCCCUAACAUCGUCGUCGUCGUUGUCGUCGCCACCAACGUCAUCAUCAUCAUCAUCAUCAUUGCGGCUGUUUGUGCCGGAGCGUGACGCGGAUGUGUUAGCCGGCAUUGCCCGUGCGCACGCCUCGCUCACGGCAGCCGCGCAAACACACGUGCGCGAGCUGAUGGCUGUGCCACGCGCGCAGCGACGCAGCAACAGCGAGAGCGCAGAGUGGAUUCGCUUCAUGUGCGGGCUUGAAGACCUGUCGUUGGCGGCGCACUUGCUGGCGGACAGGGAGCGCGCGAAGGUGGGCGUGACCCUCGCUGGCGAGGAGCAGCUGCACGCGUUUGUGGAAGACCUGAUGGCGAUGAUGAAGUUUGAACCGGAACAAGAACCGUCGCUUGCACAUGCACCACCACCCGACCUUGUCGUCACCCUCGACGCAGCAGCAUCAUAACGUGUUGUGAUUUGGGUGUAAUACGUUGUGUCAUGUCACAUGGCUUAUGAUGACUUACUUAUGAUGGGCGCGGAGGCAUAGAAAUGGUGUGCAUGGGUGUGGGGGCGGACGGUGUUGCAAGCAAGCGCGAAAUACACAUGCACACAGCA